AUGAGGAGUUGUGAGGACGUCGCAAAGUAUGGUGCUUCGACUUCAGGAGAGUAUGAGAUCCUUGACUCCAACAUUGAAGCGUUUCUUGUCUAUUGUGACUUGCAUUCUGAAUCAGGCUUUGUAUGGACAUUGAUACAAUCGUUUUCCUUGGCCGCAAAAAGGAUCUAUAUGGAUAAAAGGUUUGGCGAAAAAAUUGAGAUUGAUACCGAAAAAAGGGUAGUAGAUUGGAACAGGUACCGACUUUCCUUGUCACAGAUGCACUCUCUUGCUGAUCACUCCACACAUUUGAGAGCAACUUGUAACUUUCUUAUAGAUGGUCUGCAGUAUUCGGACUACGCACGCGCAAAGCUGACAGGUCACGACAUUUUUGGUAGCUGGAUCAGAUGUCAGAUGUAUGAAUAUGUCAACAUCCGAGGAAAGAAUUGUUCUAAUUGUACCGCCCUGACAAAACAGAACAAAAGGCAAGCCGGCCAACCCAUUCAAGAAACCAUUGGAGCAAGGCUGGGAACCAACUGUGGCCUCAUGGAACUUCAAGUCGGGUCCACCUUUGGUGCUGAACUUGAACUAAAUUUUUAA